GGUGACGUUGCGGAAGUAGGAAGUCUACUUGAGAGCAUCUGGAAGGUAUUUAACUGAAUAGUAGAUCGCUAUGGACGUAUUGAGGCCAGCACUCAUUAACAUCAAUGGCAGGAUUUACCGCAGAAAUCCUGUUAAAGAAGAACAUUAUGAAGAUGAAGAGGAGGAAGCUUUCUCAUACUCUGGACCAGUCAGUGACCAGUGCAUGGAUGAACCUUGUGACACGAGUAACAUUGAGCAGACAGACCAGGGCUUUCGCUGUGCCAUAGAGGUCCCGAGUGUUCUUUACAAGUACAUCAUUGGAAAGAAAGGCGAGACACGGAGACGACUGGAAGCAGAGACUAAAACUACAAUCAGCAUUCCAAAACAAGGAGUAGAAGGACAGAUAGUGAUCACAGGCUCUCAUAAGGCAGCAGUAGCGUCAGCUGUAACACGUGUCGAGGUUUUGAUCGAGAGCUUCCGCAGGAAACAGCCGUUCUCUCACUUUCUGUCCUUCGCUCUGAACCACCCACCGAUUCAGGAAGGGUUUAAACGCUUUAAAGGGGAAGUUUUGGAUCACUGCUCUCAGGAUAUGAGAGUGGAUGCGAGCAUCUUUCAAAAUCACGCGAAGCUGCACCUCACCAUAGGAACCCUUGCCCUCCUAAAUGAACAGGAAGUGAUGCGAGCAUCUGAGCUUCUCACACAGUGUCAAGGUUUCAUCAGAGACAUAACAGAAGGAAAGCCAUUAGCUCUGGAGGUAAAAGGAAUAGAGUACAUGAAUGAUGAUCCCUCCAUGGUGGACGUCCUGUAUGCCAAAGUGUGUGUUCAGGAUGGCUCUGACAAACUGCAGCAGAUCGCAGACAGGCUGGUGGAGUGUUUUGUAGCAGCAGGACUGAUGGUGAAAGAGUGGGACAGAGUGAAGCUUCACGCUACUGUCAUGAACACAUUGUUCAGGAAGGAUCCCUCAGCCGAGGAUAAAGGAGGUGCAGGAAGGCCCAGUGUGAAAGAUCGAGAAGCUUUUGAUGCCAGGAACAUUUUGGAGAGCACACUUCAGCCUUCUUUGCAAAUCUCCUUAGCUACCACCAUGGCUACUUUACCACAUAAUGCUUUGCGUACACCUAAAUUUUGCCCUAACAUAAAAAAAUACAUUGGCUGCAGUUUUCCUGGUGACCAAAUAAAUGUCUCCACAAGUUCAAAACUGUCAGUUAUUCUCACACAGUCAUACACGCAUAACGCAUAUGCAUUAUAUAUAAAGUGCGGUGAUAUGUCAGAUAGUGGUGUGAGACAGCAUAAAUUCCACAAAUUCUGCACCAUUUUUAUUUCUGUCAUGUUUAGUGUUGGACAGAAAUGUGCAUGGUUUGCUGAUAGGCAGUUAGUACCGUGAUUGCUACAUUAACGGUGCUGGUUACUCUUUUGAGGAAGAAGUCCUUAUUUCUCUUUUAACAAGUGAUUUUAAAUUUACUCUCCACUCUGUCAUACAGAGACAUGUUUUUGUCACCGUAAUCCAUUAAGCCUUAUGCAUUUUUAAUAUGAACAGACUGCACUGUUCAUGUGUCUUUGUUUGCAUCUGUACUAUACAGCAUAAACCUGACAACUGCCACAGUUUAUAAGGUUCCUCGUGCACAUUUAGGGUUCAUUUGCACUGGGCCGCCCCCUACUGGUGGUAGCAGAAUUACAAGUUGUUUUUUUAUUUGGUGUCCAACAAGUACACACUGUUCAGCAGCAGUUUACACACUUCCCAGAAGUGUUGUUCAUGUGAGUAUGUUCCUCAUAGUUAUCCUUGAUAUUUACAUUUGUGAUAUGUGAUAUGACCAGUUCAUUUCAAGAACAUCAACAGAUAAACAGAGAAUGAGAUAGUGGUUGUUGCUAUAUAUAGUGCAGUAUGAUAUAGGUUUUAGGUUAUGAUAUAGGUAUGAUAUAGGUUUAGACAUUAAAAAAAAACUUAUAGUGAGUGACAUUUUAAUGGAUUCUCUCUCUCUCUCUCUCUCUCUCUCUCUCAGAGAUUUAAGGAGUUUUAUUUUGGUAAAUGUCAAUUAGACUCGGUGCAGCUCUCUCAGAGAUUCUCCUCCGACUGUACAGGAUACUACUCAUCUGCUGGAAGAGUCACCUUCAUCUGAUCUGGCUGUUCUGUACACACACACACACACACACACACACACACACACACACACACACACAAAUUGAAUCAAAUAAACUGCCAGUGAGGGAUUCUUUAUUAUGGAGUGCAUAUUUUCCACUAUUGUGGAUAAUUUUACACUCUCAAAAAUAUUACACUUUGAAACCUUAAGGAGAAAUUAUUAAAGGUUCCAACUAGAACCCUUUUAGAUAAUAACCUGAACUAUCCAAGGAACCACUGGAGGUUUCUUUUUUUUCUAAGAGUGUACAGUUUGGCUACUGAAAGUGCUGUUAGUGAUAUCAGUGGUGCAUGCUUUUGGUGGCAAUAUAAUUUUAUUACAUUAAAAUAAGUUUCAUCAGUC